AAUUCAAAUCUCAAAGAAUAUUAUUACCUGAAAUAGGAAGCAAACUGAAAUUUGACUCUUUUGAUAAGCAAUCAUUUUUUCCUUAUGUCAUAUAUGCAGAUUUUGAAACUCUUUGUUGUCCUAAAAAUUCAGAUUUGAAUCGACAAACUUUUGAAUAUCAAGAACAUAAGCCUUCAGGCUUUGGUUAUGUUAUAGUAAAUUAUAAAAAUGAAAUAACAAACUAUCGAUCUUAUCGAGGAGAAAAGUGCGGAUAUCAUUUCUUGAAGACAUUAAUCAGUGAUGUUAAGACGUUAUUAAGUUUAAUUGCUGAAAGAGAAAGAGAUUUCUAUAUGAGUGAAGAAGAUACUAAAAACUUUGAAAUUACCGAUGUUUGUCAUAUUUGCAACAAAGAAAUAAUUAAAGGAGAAGUUAAAGUAAGGGAUCAUGAUCAUUUUACUGGAAAGUAUAGAGGGGCAGCUCAUUCUCCAUGUAAUCUGAAGAUGGCUACCCCAAAUUACAUACCAGUAGUAUUUCACAACUUGAAAAACUUUGAUUCACACAUAAUCUUAAAAGCAAUAGAGAAAGAAAUGUUUACUAAAGUUAAGAUUAUUCCACAAAAUAUGGAAAAGUAUAUAUCAUUCAAACUUGAUAAUAUUUGUUUUCUUGAUAGUUAUGCUUUUCUUGCUAGUUCUCUAGAUGAGCUUGCAGGAUACUUGAAUGAUGAUUUAAAAAAUUCAUAUCUUUUACAAUUAUUCAACGUCAAAGAUCUAAAUUUUGUCUGCAAGAAAGCUCGAUUACCGUAUGACUAUUUAGACAGCUUUGAUCGAUUCAAUGAAACAUCACUACCACCUAUAUCAGCGUUUUAUAAUAAGUUAAAAUUCGAAAAUCUCGAUCCAAAAAUUUAUCAAAAUAUGUGUGAUCUUUGGCAACAUUUUGAUGUAGUUAACAUCGGACAAUUUCAAGACAUUUAUCAGAAAAUCGAUGUAGUUCUAUUAGCAGCUGUUUUUGAAAAUUUCAGAUCAAUCAGUGUAAACCAAUUUCAGUUAGAUCCAUUACAUUUUUUUUCUUCGCCUGGUCUUACUUGGUCAGCUGCUUUAAAAAAGACAGAUGUCGAAAUUGAUUUACUAACAGAUUUAGACAUGAUAAUGAUGUUUGAAAAGGGUAUUCGAGGAGGUAUUUCUUCAGCAAUGACCAGAUUUACUAAAGCGAAUAUACCAAAUUAUCCUGAUUAUGAUAAAUCACAAGAAAAUAGUUAUAUUACAUACCUAGAUGUUAACAAUUUAUACGGUUUCGCAUUGCAACAGAGUAUGCCUUAUUCAGAUUUUCGUUUUGUUAAAGAAGAAAAUUUUAAACAUUAUUAUCAUAGAUUCGUCACAGAGACUAUAACCCAUGAAAGUGAGGAAGGAACAGUUUUUGAAGUUGAUAUAACAUAUCCAUCAUUUCUACACGAUGAUCAUAAUGACUACCCGCUCGCUCCCGACAAAACAAAAAUUGACGAUAAUUUGUUGAGUGAAACUCAACAUGAAAUUUUAAUUUCAACCGGUAGGAAACGAACAGUAUGUGAAAAGUUGAUUCCAUCUUUUCUAAAAAAGUCCAAAUAUGUUGUACACUAUAAAAAUUUAAAUUAUUAUGUUAAAAAAGGUUUAGUAGUUACAAAGAUUCACCGAAUCAUUUGUUUCAAACAAAAACCCUGGCUUAAAGAUUAUAUUGUUCUUUGUACAAAAAUGAGAAUGCAAUGUUCUUCUCCUUUUGAAAAAAACUUUUGGAAACUCAUGGUUAAUGCAAUAUACGGAAAAUCUAUUGAAGAUGUCAGAAAACAUUCAGAUGUUCGUUUAGAACUUAAUAAAAAUGGUGUUAUGAAACAACUACGCCGUCCUAUGUGCCAACGUUUCUACAUUCUUGAUGAAAAUAAAGCCCUUUUCAAGCUACAUAGAACAAAAUGCUUGUUGAAUAAACCAAUAUACAUAGGUUUUUCGGUCUUAGAUUUUUCUAAGCUCCAUAUGUAUCAACUUCACUAUGAUAUAUUCAAACCAAAAUAUCGUGAUAAAAUAUCUCUUUUAUACACCGAUACCGAUAGUUUCAUAUAUCAUAUAAAAACCGACAAUGUUCAUGUUGAUUUUAUGGAUUUAAAAUGCAUAUUCGACUUUUGUGACUAUCCAAAAAAUCAUAUUUCCAAUUUAUACAAUGAAUGUAAUAAAAAAAAACUCGGAUAUCUAAAAGACGAAAUGAAUGGUAAACAUAUUCUAGAGUUUAUUGCACUUAAGCCUAAAGUAUAUGGAAUUAUUUCAGAAGACAAUAUCAAAAAAACAGCCAAAGGGGUACAGAGGAGUGUGUUAAAAGACAAAAUCACUCUUGAUGAUUAUAAAGAAUCACUUUUUGAUCAUAAACUAUUCUUCUUCGACAUGCGAUACAUUCGUAGUCAACAACAUGAUAUAUCAUCUAUUCAAAGCAACAAACUAGCCUUGAAUCCCUUCGAUGAUAAACGUUAUUUGAAACCAGAUGGCGUUACAACAUAUGCAUUUGGACAUCAUGCAAUUCACCGUGAAUCCAAUAAAUGACGGUAAAAACUAGUAAAUAUCGCCUCUGUUUGGAAUCUGCAUCAUCCUGUUAAAAUUGAGGGAAAAUCCGGUAAAAAAAAAAAAUUUAAUGCUGAUAUCAUAAGAGAUGGUAAAAAGAGACUUCUUGUUUUCGGAUCUGGAAAAAUUAUUGCGACAGGAUUUAAAACUAUCAGGGACGCGGGAACCUUUAUCAACAAUAUCUACCCAGAAGCAAUAUUUGAAAAAAUAUCAGGAUCUUGUGCGGUUAUAAAAUUUGAUAAAAUAAUAAAAGCUUCAGAAAUAUUCAAAAGUGAUCUGAAAGUUUCAUAUGAGCCUGAGUUAUUUCCUGCUAUAAUGUGGAAAGAAAAUGGUACAGCAUUCAAUUAUUUCCAUAAAGGCUCUUUAGUAAUAACUGGAGCGAAAAGUUAUUCACAGCUAAAUAAAUCAUUAGAUCUUUUUUGUAAACGUUUUUGCUUUGAAAAAGAAAAAGCGCUAGAAAAUACAACUGUAUAAGAAAAAAAAUUAAAAAUUAAUAAAAGUAUUUUAA